AUGAACCAUCUGUCGCAAAAGCGGCAACAAGGAAAAGGUACUGACGCUGGCUUUCACUGCCCCACUGCGCCCAGCCUUAUCAGCCCCGGGUCGGUGGCGAUGGGCAGAAAGGGGGUGCUGCAGCAGCGGCUAACGCAGAUUGAGCGUGAAAAGGGAGCAAGUUGCAGCGCACUGCCGUCGAUUGGCGAUGCGAAGUCUUUGAACAAGGCGCGCCUCCACUCCGAUGCGUACUCGGAGCGGGGCGGUAGCACCGUCACUGCGGACACCAACAACAACAACAACACCACCACCAAUGUGACGGCGGAAGAGCAGCUGAAGCGGCGCCUGCAACUCACGCAGACAGUUGCAGCGCACCUCAUGAAGGCUGCGCUCGAUCGACAGUCUAAUGUAUUCCCAGUGGUCGUUAACGACCCCGAGACACGCGAGCCGCGGAUGCUGCUGGAGAAUGAGCGGCUCUUGCGGCCUGAAAAGCAACUUCUGUUGGCCCCAUGCCUUGGUCUUGCCGCGGGGGCGAACGCGAUGGGUGGCCACUCGCAGCGCUUUGCAACAUCGCAGGACGAAGCAGCGCGGUGUAUAGAAAAGGAGCGCGCGUCAAAUCGUGUUCUCUUCUCGUGGUGGGAAUCCCGCAAUGCGUGUCGCCAGGACGAGGAGGAAAUUGCUGCCGUCGAAGAGGAGCUGCGCAGUCCGCUCUGGAGCUGCUUCCGGCAGUCCCUCACAGAGGAAGAGGCGCAAUGUCUGCUUGAGCUGAAUAGCACGCAAGAACAGACAACAUCGACUAUGACAAUGGGCAGCAAAAAGCCACUAGGUUCAGCGGCCACAUUCGUGGUAGCUGAUCGUGGCAUUUCAAUGCCUCUGGAACUCUAUGAAAAAUUAUUUCAGAGUGUGAUGGGGCGUGUGCAUCGACGCUUUCUGACGCUGCUGCAGUGCGCAGGGAAGAGCACAAAGGACAGCAUCGAAAUGUCACUUGAGUCACGUGCACAGGGCACCAAGUAUGUUCAAUUCCUCCUCAAGUCGCAGGUAGAAAUGGUGGAGGCGGGGGGAACACUCUCAGGCGCCGGCAACGACUUUACAGAAGUGUACCCGCCACUCGUUUCCCUGCCAGAGGAGCGGUGCUUCCGUCCACUUCUAGCCGCCGAAACGGCAUUUGGCGUCGCCCUUCUCUGGCGAAUUCUCGAUCAGACAAAGCUGAUUGUGCCAGGCAUGGCUUGGGCACUGCAGUUGUACACCCGUUAUGUGUUACCGCAUGUAUACGACAAUUUCACCGCCCACGAGCGGCUCCUGCCGAAGGCUGGCGCUAUCGGGGAGCAGGUCGAACAGCUACACGCGCUGCAGCUCAAUGUUGUACGGCAACGUCACAUGAUGGCUGCAACUGCACAAGCAAAGGAAGAUGUGCGAUAUUUAGAGGGCUUCAUGAAAAGCUGGGCGUGGCGUACAUGGCGGCACAGCGCUAUAGAACAGAAGCGACGAGAGGUCACAAGAUCGCUGUUGGAGAAGGCCUUUAUUCGCUUCCACAAUGUAUUGCGCUUACGUAAGAGCUUCAGUGAGUGGCGCCUUACCGCGAAAGAGGGACGGUUUGCCGCACAGCUUAACACCAUCGACGGCAAGUACAAAACUUUCCUCACCUCAGCACAGCACGCUGCCCGUGAUAUGCAGUUGUUUCCUGGGAUCGAUGACGGUUUGAUGGAACCUGGUUCGAAUAUCAUCGAUAAGAACAAGUUUGUCGCUCUGAAACUCGCCGAGACGGCGCAGCAUGUGAAGGCGAAGCAGAAGGCGUCUAUUGUGGAGCCGCCGCCAACAGAGGGAGAAAAUAAGAAUAAGGAGAAUGGCGAGAGCCAGUCAACGGUAAAGCGCAAAUCGACGCGGAAAUCUGUUCUCUGGGCGAUGGCAAAGUCCGAUCCGCUGCAAACACCAGCGCGGCAGCAGCAGCAGCAGCAACAGGAGGGGGGAGAAAACGAAGGCGACGCUGGGGCGGAAGCAGCUAGACUGACACCAAAGAACGAUACGUUCAUCACUUCCGUCAAGCACGCGAAUGACGCUGAAUACAGUGAGGCGACUCUGAUGCAGAAACGCGCCAUGGCGACCUUUGAGGACAUGUUGCAGAAACUGCAGGAGGUGGAAACGAUCAGUGGUUACCUGCGGCAGGAAAUUGCAAUACAGAAUCGCAUCAUUCAGAAGCUGGAAAGGGAAAACAAUAAUAUGAAAGACAAGAUGGCAGACAUCGAGGAGAGUUUACAUACCUCUGAGAAGGGUCGGCUGCAUUAUUGUAACCUCCUUCAAGAGAGGGAGCUUGAUGUGCGAGAGCUGGAGCGGCGCAUUGUUCAGCUGAAGUCGCGUCUGCGUUGUCAGCGUCAGAGGCCUUGGCAACGCACCGUCAUGCGUGUCAUAGGGGAGCUGUGCGGUGCCUCAACCACCGUCUCAGAAUAUGCGGAUGAGCGUCGUGUUGCCCGCAACAUGCGGACCGCCAGCGCGAAUGCAACAGCCGUGGCCAACGGCAGCAACAAUAACAACGCUGCUACUGCUGCUUCUUCCAUGCAGCCUUCAAUGCCAAAGCGGGCGGGCUCUUCCGAACCGCAUACGACAGCAACGUCAGCUGAUGACCUCACGGAAGAUGGGGAGGAGCGUGAGGGGUCAGCGCCGUUGUCCGAACUGGCGCCCGGGGCAGACGAGGAGCGGCUCUUUGGACAGAUUGCCCCACUCGUUAUCUCCUCCACGCGGUACAUGCCAGAUGCACAUACGAUCCUGCGUGAUUGGGCGAACAACUGUCUGGAGGACUUAGAAUCACUCGACGAUCUGAAGGGUGGAGCGUUGUCAACUCGCUUUCACUCCUUCUCUGACGAGGUACGCAACGGUGUGCUUUUUAGUCGGCUGCUGUUCUACCUCGCGCUUCCUCGGUACCAGAACAAAACAGCUGUGGCGCAGACUGCAGCCGAAGGAUUCAAGCGGAAAAUGUCUACACAUCUCGACUUCACCGAGCAUCGGCAGCACCUACUCAUGCAGCACAACGUUCAACUGGACAGUCCAUUUCCAACCUACUCUGAAUGCUUCGGUGAUCUGCUAAACUUAAAGCCGUCGGGUCGCAUGUCCUUGUUGCUGCAGUUCGCGACUGAGCUUAUAGAGGGACAGGAGCAACUAGGGGAUGAAUGCAUCCAGAAGCGUCUGGCCCGCAUUCGCGAUACGGCGCUGAAAGCGACUGAGAUGGCAGCCCCGCAGGCAGUGGACCGUGUAGAGAUGGAGGAAGUGAUCGACUCCUACGCGCUGGCGCGAGGCGAUCGCAGUGCAUCGCUCACCUUUGUUGCCCUUCUGUACGUGCGCUUUGCUCACCCAUUCAAUCACAAGGCCAGGCAGAGCGCAAUGAUCGAGAGGGAGGCGAUGAUGUAUCUCCUUAGCAAUGGCACUUGCCUGUUGCAAGAGCACAACAGUGCAAGUCCAGCGACAGAAGGACGGGGUGAGGGGGAUUCAGCAGAUCAAUCGCCAACAGAAGGUGGAGGAGAGCCUAUCGCGCGGAAACUCCUCUCUCAGCUAGAGGAAGAGGAUCACAGACCGUGGCAGCUCUUCUUAAAGUACUGCCAGCCAAUUAUAAGUACAAUGGCACACCCCUUCAUUCUGCGCGGCAAUUUCUGGCCCAGCGUCGCAUUUGACUCGCCUGACCUCGCGCGCAUGCUUGGCGCACUUGGAAUUGCCCUGCACCGCUCGUUGGAGCAUCACCGUUGGCAUAUUAUCAUGUCGUGUCUUGUACCCGUGCACACUUACAGUGGGCUCAGCCGCGGCAUCUUCACUGGGCGCCGCGCCUCCCCUACAGCUUUACAGGUCGGACUGGAGCGCGAGGGGGACUGGGCAUUUGCGAUGGAAAUGCCAUGUGUGCAGGCGGUGUUUGCUCAGCGUGAGGCGGCGAUGCGCAGCGCCGUUGAAAAGGGAACGGUUGCAAAUAACGGUACAUGGAACGGUGACGAGUGGCGCAAUGAGGGUUACUUCAUUUCCAUGGAGAAGUCACGGCUGAUGACGGCAUUCGGUAUAUGUGGCCACGACCUCCUGCAGCUCUUCCUACAACGCGGCAAUCUCGCAGGCGCCUGUGCGAUGCCGGCGCUCGAUCUUGGCGCCUGGCGCCUGAUAUGGAUGGAUGUCGGCCUCGUUAUUCCCGACGAUACCGAAAAGUCGCGGCUAGACCUGGAACAGCUGACACGUAUAUUCUAUGUUGUUGCGACCACAAUGAUGCAGGCUAGGCGGGAGACGAAGUUGCUGGAACAAUACAUUGACCCGUUAGGCUCUCAGUCAUUACCACUCUUCGGCAGCGGGUUGUUCUACCCUGACUACCUUGCAGCAGUGGUGCUGCUAACGAGCGAGAUGUUCCCACCGCUGGAGCAGGGCACAGACAAUAGUGAAGGUCCUGAAAGCAUCGUGUGGCUCGGCGACGCCCUCUCACGGCUCAUGUUUGUGCAUGUAGUGCCCAAGGUCAUUGUUGCUGCGGCGGAGGAACCGUCAACAAUGAUGAAGAGCCUUCGGGAAAAUGUCAAAACACAUGAUGUGAUUUUGAAAUAUAACAAGGCUCUGUUGACUGUCUUCAACUCGUAUUGCAAGGAAGUAUGCGGUGCGUCAGGAAUGGAGCGUGAGCAGCUAUUACAGAUGCUGCGUGAUGCAAUGCUGACGAGUACUGAGAUUUCACAGAACUUGAUCUACGAUCUCUUCCAGCCCUUCAGCGUCACCAAGAACACAGGGGAAGCUAGCAAGGAGGACAAGCGGCGCGAGCAGGACGCACGACUACGCGACACGGCGGUACAGCGUCGCCGCGGCAAUGUGAGUAUUCUUGAUCCCAACUCGGAUCAGCCGCAGGCUUCAGGAAAACAGAAGGAGUACACUGUGCUGCUGUACGACGGCUUUGUUGACUUCCUCUGCGUGUUGUGUCAUUUCAAGCAGCCGAAUCCGCUUAUUCCAUUCCCCAACCGCCUGGACACGUUCCUGCGCCGCGGCUUGCUGCGCCCCCUGUCCCACCGCAAUGAUGCGCUGGCGAGCAUUAUAGCCUACGAGAGGCGGGAAACGAAAACUGAAAUUUGA